UAGCACUACAGGCUCCUGGAAAAAUAUCAUAGGCCUAUGCCAUUGCAGUAUAACUAGUGAGACUUUCGUGCCUACAUAGAGCAGAGGCAGGUUGAAAUCAAAUUAACGAGAACAAAAUCCCUCGAUAAAUCAGUUACGAAUUUUCUAUUCAUUGUAGCCUAUUCUCAUAUGGACUGGGCAUCGGAGCCACGUGUCACAUGUGCUUCUCAGGACAAAACGGGGCAUCUGCAAGCUGGAUCUGGAGGAGGAUGCUGCGGCAAGUGAUACACAGAGGGCUCAAAGCUUCUUUCUACUGGCUUGGAUUAUUUGUCAGCAGGCACCCUGUCUUUUUCCUCACCGUCCCUGCAGUCUUAACUAUCAUAUUUGGAUCCACUGUACUGAGCAGAUUUAAGCCAGAAAAAGACCUCGAAAUCCUGGUUGCUCCAACGCACAGUCUUGCUAAAAUAGAACGGAGUCUCGCUAACAGUCUUUUCCCGAUCGACCAGUCCAAGAACAAGCUAUAUUCUGACCUACACACUCCUGGCAGAUAUGGCAGGAUUAUCCUGCAUUCAAAAUCUAGCGGAAACGUGCUGGAAUUGGCUGACCAGGUCCUUCAAGUCCACAAGGAAGUGCUGGAUUUGCGGGUUAAUUAUAAGGGUUUUAACUAUUCUUUCGCUCAUCUUUGUGUCAUGAGCCAUCGGGACAAGAGAUGUGUUUUGGAUGAUGUAAUUGCAAUACUCGAAGAUAUCCGAUUAGCUAUUCUAUCAAAUAGCACAUUGUCCAAGGUGUCAUUGAGUUAUCCAAAUACAACAUUAAAGGAUGGUAGGGUGUCUUUCAUCGGACAUCAGCUUGGUGGUGUAUCAAUUUCCAACAGCCGAGACCAGCAGGUGAAGUUUGCCAGAGCUAUACAGAUAACUUACUACCUCCGCAACAAUGGGCCAACAGUACAGGAUGUUAUAGCUGAAAAGUGGGAAAAUGAAUUCUGCAAACUCAUCCAUCGAUUGUCCACUAUGAGUGAGGAUCUGCACGUCCAGUCACUCACAUCCUAUAGCCUUUUGAGGGACUUCCAAAAAACAGGAGUACUUGCGAAGAGUGAGGUACUGGUCAGCCUUGUCCUGGUGCUUUUGGCAGCCACCAUCUCUAGCUCCAUGAGAGACUGCCUGAGAGGAAAACCCUUCCUAGGUCUCCUUGGAGUCUUGACUAUUUGCAUUGCCAAUGUGACUGCAGCAGGGAUUUUUUUUAUUUCUGAUGGAAAGUUUAAUUCUACACUUAUUGGGAUCCCAUUCUUUGCCAUGGGGCAUGGAACAAAGGGGGUAUUUGAACUCCUGGCUGGCUGGAGAAGAACUAGAGAGAAUCUGCCAUUCAAGGAGAGAGUUGCUGAUGCCUUUGCUGAUGUUAUGGUGUGCUAUACCAUGACAAGUUCUCUCUAUAUUAUCACAUUUGGAAUGGGUGCCAGUCCUUUUACCAAUAUUGAGUCUGUGAAGAUUUUCUGCCAGAGUAUGUGUGUAGCCAUUUUGGUGAACUACUUCUACGUGUUCUCCUUUUAUGGGUCUUGCUUAGUGUUCGCAGGACAGUUGGAGCAGAACCGAUACCACAGCGUGUUCUGCUGCAAGAUACCAUCAGUAGAGUACUUAGACCGACAGCCAGCGUGGUUCAAGACCAUGAUGAGUGAUGGACACGACCUCUCCACACACCAUGACAGUGUACCCUAUCAGAACCAUUUCAUUCAGCACUUUCUGCGAGAGCACUAUACAGAGUGGAUAACUAAUACCUAUGUAAAACCAUUUGUAGUCAUCCUCUACCUAAUUUAUGCAUCUUUUUCGUUUAUGGGAUGCUUACAAAUCAGUGAUGGAUCUAACAUUGUAAACCUUUUAGCCAGUAAUUCACCAAGUGUUUCAUAUGCUCUUACACAGCAGAAGUAUUUCAGCAAUUACAGCCCAGUGAUAGGAUUCUACAUUUAUGAGCCCAUAGAAUACUGGAACACUACUGUUCAAGAGCACCUCAAAACCCUGGGCCAUGGUUUCAAUAAGAUUUCAUGGAUUGACAAUUACUUUCAUUAUUUGAGGGUGGUGAAUGUGAGUGCAUCAACCAAAAGUGAUUUCAUCAACAUCCUUAAAAGUUCUUUUCUUAGGAGUCCAGAAUAUAAGCAUUUCACUGAUGAUAUCAUUUUUUCUAAAAAUGGGGAUGAGUAUGAUAUAAUUGCCUCCAGAAUGUAUCUGGUGGCACGGACAACAGAAAAGACGCGGGAGGAAGUUGUGGAACUUCUGGAGAGACUGCGCCCACUCUCUCUUAUCAACAGCAUCAAGUUCAUUGUGUUCAAUCCUACAUUUGUGUUUAUGGACCGCUACAGCUCCUCUGUCAUCUCUCCCAUCUUGACAUCAGGUUUUAGUGUUUUAACCAUCCUCAUCCUCACUUUCUUCCUGGUCAUCAAUCCAUUGGGCAAUUUUUGGUUGAUUUUGACCGUCACUUCUGUCGAGUUGGGAGUGCUUGGUCUGAUGACUUUAUGGAAUGUAGACAUGGACAGCAUAUCUAUUCUGUGCCUUAUUUACACUCUCAACUUUGCAAUGGAUCACUGUGCGCCCCAUCUUUACACUUUUGUACUUGCCACUGAGCAUACAAGGACUCAGUGUAUCAAGAUCUCACUAGAGGAGCAUGGAGCAGCCAUUUUGCAAAAUGCCUCUUGUUUUGUAAUUGGGAUGUUGCCCCUGCUGUUUGUGCCUUCAAAUCUGACCUAUACACUGUUCAAGUGCUCUCUGCUGACUGCUGGUUGUACAGUGCUGCAUUGUUUUGUCAUCUUACCUGUGUUUUUGACAUUUUUUCCUCCAUCAAAAAAAAGACAUAAGAAAAAGAAACGUGCAAAACGAAAAGAGCGAGAACGGGAAAGGGAGAGGGAACGGGAAGAAAUGGAAUGCAUCGAAGUCAGGGAGAACCCUGACCAUGUGACUAACGUCUGAAGGUUUAGGACAGAUGAAUGACAGGGGCCACAUUCGGUACAAGAAGAUGCCUAAAGCUCCAUAAGUCCAUAGUUGCUAGAGCUUACUGGUCUGUAAAAGAAAGAUGACACACAUCAUGCAAAAACAGCUAUGCUGACCUGAAUACAGACGUUUUCCAUUGUGCACUACAUUCUCCAGAGCAGACUAUAAUCUAGAAACAAUCUAGUUCCUGUUCUGCAUAGUGAAUGUAAUGUGCUGUACUGCUGUCCUUUUGGAACUUGUUUAAAAGCAAUAUUUAGUAUAGUACUUAAUGGUCUUAACUAUUCCGAAUUGUGUGUGUGAGGCAGGCAUCAAAUUAACCAAUGUUAUUGUGUCUCCUCACCCUGAAGGGUUGACAGUUGUAGUAUGUAAAGAAAGUGUUGUAAAAUUCCAACAAUGAUCGAGUCUCUAAUAAUAUUGUAACUCUGAUAGCUGAAUGUCCUAUACAGUUACACACUCAAUCGAUCAACCAAUCUCUUAUAAGAAAGGUUUCACUACCAUACUGUAGACUUCUGAAGUUCACCUACAAGAGAGCUACCACCUUUGACCAUAUAAGGAGAUCUGGUAAUUUGAGAUUUUUUCUAUGGGAAAAUAACGUGGGGAUUUGGAAUUGUCACACUUGUUAAACUCUCACGGGACCGAAGAAAUCGGAAAUGCAAACGUUUUGCUCAACACACUUUUGUCCUCUGCCUUCGAGUGGGUACUGUGAUUACCUGUAUGUGAAGGCGGCACACUUUGAUUUUUGCUACCCCAGAGCUAACUUGCGAUGCAACUUGCCAUGCAACUGGGGUAGUAAAAAUCAAAGUGUGCCACCUUCACAUACUGGACAUUACAGUAUCCACUUAAAGGCAGAGAAAAAAAAGUCUGUUCAAGAAAAAAUACUGCAUUUCAGACUUUUUUGUCCCCGCGAGAGUUUAACAGGUACGAUGAUUCAAAAUCCCCAUGUUUUCCCCAUGUAUUAAAAACACCAGAUACCAGAUCUCAAAGAUGGCAGCUUUUUUGUAGGCAAACUUCAGAGGUCUAUUGGUCACGUUUUCCUUUAACAAGCAAGGUAAUUACAUAAUUUCAGGUAAUUGUUCAGCUUGGUUGAAGCCAAAAAGGGAAAUAAAGUGUGGCCUUGCCUAGCAUUGGUGAUACCAGCAGGAAUUCAUGCAUAAAUAGCGUCCUGUAUGAAGGCUUAAUUGACUCUCAUGUGCAACAAUUCCUAGAUUUGGCCGUUAUGGCUAACAACCUGCUGACAUAUGUCUGUAACAGUAGGCUUACUUAAUAUAGCACACAGUGGGAAAGUGUGCUUAUAUUUCAGUGAGAGGUGACAAAGUCACAUAUUACAUAAAACAUAUUGCCCUAUUAUUACUAGUCAAACAUUUUGUGUUGGUAUGUUGCUAAGUUUUCUAAUACAUAGUCACAUUAGCAGGGGAAUAGUCCCACACUGCCUCUGCAUUACAUCAGUCUACAGAAUCAUCUGGUUUUGAUACUAUCAAAAAAAGGAGGAGUGUCUCAACUAAUCAUUGCUGAAAUAUGAAUUUGCAGCAGUUGUUUGUAGACUUGCAGCAGUUGGUAGCAAGUGAUAGUUUGGUUAAUAGCAGAGAAACCGGUUAAACAAUGCUUAUAUCUCUACUAAAUUCUGCUUUUGACCAUUUGCUUGAUUUUUUAAAACUCUGUUACAAAAUAAAAUCUGGUGUUGCUACUGUAGGGUCCUCAAUAAGGGUGAAAUUAAGGCAAACAAAUGUGCAGGUCAUAAUAGAAAGUUUCAUGGUAUAUAGUAUUUUUGGCAGACAUGUAGGUCAAGAAGGGAGUGUGAUUGAAUCAAUUAUGAUAGGUACCUUUUCAAACUGAGUUAAUACUUAAUACACAUUCUGAAGCAAAUAUUUUCAUACUAAAAAUUUUCAUAAUAUGAUACAAAUGAGUAAAGGAAUAGAAAUUACACACAUAUACACAAUCCAGUUCAGUGGUCCAGAACACCAAGAAUAAUUUGACAGGGAUCCGAAUGAACCUGCUUUGUGUUGUAGCUUCCCGUGCUCCUCAUAACCGAGUAUUAGUAUUUAAAUAGUACUUGCAUGUGUUUGAUAUCACCUUUGCAGGUAUUAUCUUAAGAUCUAAGGAGUAUAGCAUAUUCCUUCCCAUAACUGCUGGUAUAACUCAAAUUUAGGAGCAACAUGCAUAGCACUAGUAACAUGUCAAAACACUGACUAUGGAGCAGUGUGUACAAUGGAAAAUAAAAAUUGCCUAAUUUAUAGCUUGAAGUUCUUAAAAGGUAGGACACGAUGUAAUACAGUAAAGGAUCAAUUCUACUGUGAAAUAUGAGCUGUAGCUAUUUGGCAUGAUAUUUGUCCUUACAGUUUUAUUAUGUUUAUCUUAUGCAUAUUUGCUCCUUAUGUCAAAGAAUUGGGUACCAUUUUGUUUUACAGAGCCCUUGUUAUAUUGUAAUUACAUUGCACACUGCAAAAACUGCUUGUCUAACCAAGUGUUAUUAAUCUUACAUUAAGAUAAAAAAAAAAUGUAGUUGGUAUUACUUUCAGUAUAAGGACACUUACCUUUCUCGUAAAAUCAUUUGACUUAAUUUAAUAAGAGUUUGACUAAUUUUAACAUCUUAACAAGAAAACAAGCACAUUUGGCUGCUAAAUCAUUAAAGGAGAAAUACGGCUGUUUUUCCACACUGUCUAUACGGAAAAAAAGAAAACUAUCGUUUUUCCUAGCUCGAGUUGCUACAGCCAACAGCUAAAGUUGCCAGGCAGCUACAACACUACACUCUGGGGUAUGCCCACAGAGUGUAGCACUGUAGCUGCUUGGAAGCUCUCAGUGUUCGCUGCAGCAACUAGAGCUAGGUAAAACCGAUUGUUUUCAGUUUUUUUCUUACCGACAGUACUCUGUGACCUUGUGAAAUGGAGAUGUAUGUGAAAAAUCGCCAGAUUUUUCCUUAAAGCAAAUUUGCCUUGAUAAGUUCUACUAAAAGCAAUUAUCAUAAUAUAAGAUUAAUAACGCUGUUUUUGCUGUGUAAUAAUGUAAUUUAAUGGUAGUUAAAUAAUUAAAAUAUACAUUAUUGGUAUGUAACAGCUCUUACCCUAAACUUAGGAUUUGUUAGAUCAAAGUAUCAGUGUGUCAUUCAUCGUUACACCAUAUUACACAAUACAAAACUAAACUUGAGCGUGUAACUUGACCUUACUUAAAUUAAUUUGUCAUAUUUGACACAUUUGGAAGAUGACAAAUCCGCAAUCUAUCCAUUGGUUGAAAAAAAAAAAAAAUCUAAAUUCUGGUUGGUCCAAUUCCUUUUUAUUUCCUUCUUAGUGAUUCUUAGAAAUAGCUGAUAGUUAUGUGUGAAGCAAGAUGCUCUAUGUCUGGGUGUUAAAACAAAUGGCAUUUUAAAUCUCUGUCAGAAUUGAGACCAUUUACUGUAUUAGAUAAUCAUUUAAAAUUAUGAAGAGUUUACUGCUCUCAUUCUAGUGGUUCAGCUAGUCAUCUAUUAAAGUCUUGUAACAGACUGCUGAGAAAUGGAUAUAUGUUAGGUUCAAAAGGGUAUUCUGCAAUGACUGCAUGUUCAGAUAAAGGAAAUGAAAAAAAAAAAACGAUGAAAAGUAACUACUAAUGUAUUGGGAAAUAGAGUGAUCACUUAUUGAAUGAGGAUUUUUGGUGAUUGCUGUCUCGAGAAGUCAUCCAAAACUGUAAUUCACCUUGUGUUUAUGGUGUCAUAGCAUGAGAAAAAGGAUUGUGGGCAGUAUUUUCAAGCAGUGGAAUUUUAUGAAAGAAAGUGAGGUACAACACCAGAGAUAUUUCAAGAAUAUUAAAAUUCAGGAUUUUUCAGGCUUAAUGGUCAGAGUAGGUGAAAGCUUCCUAUUUUAUUUGUAAAUAAAUCAGACAAAUAUCAUAAUCUUAAGAGCAAAGAACACCUUUCAUAUGAAGACCUCAUCCUUUUUAUAUAGACAUUGUAGCAAAAUCUGUGAGACACAAUUUACGUGAUGACACUUCAAUUUAUCCUCACAAUUUGUGAUGUCAUUUGUGUAUACAGCAUGAAAGUAUACUUCAUUGAGAAAUAAACUGCAAGAUCAGAUAUUUUCCAAAAUGACUGUUUAUGCAUGGCACACAUUGUAUGUAUGCAUCAAGUGAGGAUUUUGGUUUUACUUUGCAGGGUUGCUUAUAUGAUGUCUGUGCAUAACUUGUAUAAUUUUGUUUGUUAUGGCAUUAUAGUACGUAGAAUAAUUGUUCUUAUUUUGUAUUUAUUUUUAAGGCAAAAAAAAACUUUUGUAGAAAAUGUUUACUAAAAAGGCAAUAAAGACCAAAAAUAGUUACCAAGAACAUGAUUAACAAAACAUAAUAAAAGAGUGAUACAGACUCCCAGUACACCCUCUGUAUAAGUGUACAUUGAUAUUAACCUUGUGUGUAAAGCUGCAGAGCCUUCUUACAAGAGGAUUUUUUUUUCCGCACAGCAUUUCUACUAUGAGUCCUAAAAUUUACAUCCUCAUGUAAACAACAUGCAAUGCUGUUUCUACAAAGAUACCAAACAGAAUUAUAUAAUUUACUUUACAGUAAAUAGCAAAUUGAAUAGAAACUAUUCAAUUUGAGCAACCUGCAAUACUGUGACAGUCUGAGCCAAUUGUGGUUAUAAUCAAAUGUAUAGACACCUUAAAUGUAUAUGGUUGAUUUAAGGGCAUGCUCAAAUAUAUGUAGUAAUUUCACUAUACCCUCUAUUCAAUAACAUUCGAUGGACAAUGCUAAUACAAACACUUUGGACAACUAAUAUGAUACACAUGCAUACAGAAAUGUAUAUUUAAUUGCGUAUUUUUCAUACAACACAUAUUUUUCAAAAUGCACAAAAGAUAAUAUCAGCAUAUAUUAGACACUGUAUCGUAUUGGCCCCCAAUAUGUGUAUUUCAUAAAAAGGGAAGCUACUUAAGUUUCCAUUGUAGCAGAUUUCACUUCUCCCUCAUUCCGGUUGUUUGUGGGACAAAUUUGUUCUUACUGGGCCAAAUCAGAGAGAAUCUGUUAAGCAAGUCAAAAUGAGUUGGUGAAUCCUCAAAUUUAUAAAAAUUAGAACCAUAAGAGAACCAGUUAGUUCAGCAUGUGUGUUAGUACCUGUCACUCUAAAGAGAGGCAGGAGUACAGUAACACAAAAGUCUGACCAUACUUCCAGGGCGAAAACUGGUUGGGCAAAAUUCAAGAGGUGCCUCACUGUGGAGAAACCUGACCUUUAAAGCAUGUAGAAAUAUUUGGCAGUGCAGUUCAAAAACUCAUGACACCGUCCCAUGACAAUUUUAAUUAAAUUCUUGCUCAUCCAAUGCUGCAUUUUCACUGUUUACAUGAAUAAUAUCAUAUCAGCAUACAAAUGAACCUAUAGAUAUUGAUGACAUCUGAUGCCCAUAAUGAAAUUAUGAAUUCAGCAAAAUACAAAAUGCUUAGUUGCAGAUAUAUUUAUUCUACAUAAGAGACAGAUUUAUAAUGUCAUCAAGAAAUUUGAUUUCAGAUUCUGUUAACUUUAUGGUUACGGUUAUGGUUAUGGAAUUAAGCAGACACUUUUGUCCAAAGCAACUUACAAAAUAAAACAGUAAUAUAGUUUAAAAAAAGACUUUAUCUUUUUGUAUUAUGCAUUCAGUUUGAAUCACAUUCUAUUCAAGAUCAUUCGGAUAAAAUAACAGAAACACAAUGGAAAAGGGAAUCAGUAUGUAAAAAGGGAAACAAAUGAACAACUUUUUUGAAUGAGGAGGGAUUCAUGUCAUAGACAUACCAUACACCAGCAUGCUUAUGUUUGCUUUUUCUAGUCUUCCAUGUUGCUGUGCAAUAAUAUUAUGCAAUUUCAAAUAGUUAUGACCUCAGUGGCAUUUUUUAUCUCCAGACUUUCAACCAUAACCCUUCUAUAUCAAUUCUGAUAUCAGAAUAUUUUUUCCAGGUUAAUCUCAUCCAGUAGCCACCAGUAGGUUUGAGCUAACAUUUCAAUUUAAGACACAAAUAAAUGGUUUAUCUGAAAUGUUCGAACUUGCCAGUUAUUGAACAUGCAUUUAGAAGGAACAUGCUGACCAUAAGAAACCACAAAGAGUCCUCUAAAAGCUAAGAAAUGCCAAAGUUGUGAUGUAAAAUAAGAUGUGCACUGAAGAG